AUGGGAAAAAAAGCGAGGGAAGACUACGUGGGCCCGGCCUAUCGCACUGCGGCAUUACAAGGAGAAUCUGACGUGCCAGAAAACGCCGAAGAUGAAGUGAACAUCCGCUAUGUGUGCUUUGUCAAGUCAUCAAAGACUGGGCAUCUCUAUGAGCUUGACGGAGACCGAAAAGGUCCCGUAGACCACGGUAUCCUAGAAUUGGGCGAAGUGACAAUUGCGUUCAUGGUACCGAAUAUCCAGACCUCUGUUGUCGGCACCGAACAUAUCAGUGUAUCAAGCGCGCAAGAUGCAAUGAUAGUGACGUUCCUCGGGUUCCAGGUGACUCCCCAAAACCUGGAUGCACUCACAACCUCGUCCGCCAUGGAUAACAUCAUCCCUUCUACCAUCACCGGGAAGCUCAGUGAGAAGCAGCCCUAUCUAUGGUCGUUCGAUUAA